CCGUCAUUUCUUAUUGAAAAAAAAAAGAAAAAUUUUACACGGAAACGGACUAUUAUUGCGUGGUGUGUUAUAGAAUAUUCUGUGUUUUACGAGGUUAAAUGAAUCACCGACGCGUGUAGUGCCGUUAAAACAUGUUUGUUUAAUUUCGUCUAACAUUAUUUUAUGUUUAUUCUUUAUUUCAUUGUUCAAUUACCAUAUUUAAAAAAAGACUGUGAGCACAAAUAAAAUGGCGACUGAUCAGGCGAAGAACCGCAUGCAUGUAUUCAAGAAUACUGGAAAAGAUGUCGACGAAAUGCGCAGACGGAGAAACGAAGUCACAGUUGAACUUAGGAAGAACAAAAGAGAAGAAACGUUGCAAAAACGUCGUAAUGUACCAAUCAGUGACUCGACGGACGAAGACGAGAUCGAGAGGAGCUUGGCAUCGACUGACCUUAAGGAACUGGUAAUCAAUGCUGCUAAUAUGGAGAACCCCGAUGCGCAACUGGCGGCCGUACAGCAAUGCAGAAAGCUGCUUUCUUCAGACAAGAACCCACCAAUCGACGAUUUGAUAGAGCACGGCAUCCUCCCUAUCCUGGUUCAGUGUCUAUCAAGAACUGACAAUCCAACACUUCAGUUUGAAGCUGCAUGGGCAUUGACGAACAUAGCAUCUGGAACUUCCGCACAGACUACUAAAGUGGUUCACGCUGGUGCAGUGCCCUUCUUUCUUCAGCUGCUCAUGUCGCCACAUGAAAAUGUGUGUGAACAAGCUGUAUGGGCACUUGGCAAUAUUAUCGGUGAUGGGCCAGUUCUCCGAGACUUUGUAAUUGAACUAGGAGUAGUAAAGCCACUGCUUAACUUCAUCAAGCUAGAAAUACCUAUACCAUUUUUACGUAAUGUGACAUGGGUGAUUGUCAACUUAUGCAGAAGUAAGGACCCUCCACCACCAGUCAAGACUAUUCAAGAAAUUGUUCCUGCCCUGAAUUUACUAAUUAUGCACACAGAUAUCAAUAUUCUCGUGGAUACCGUCUGGGCUAUCAGCUAUUUAACAGAUGGCGGCAAUGAACAAAUCCAAAUGGUGAUCGAAGCGGGCAUCGUUCCUAAGUUAAUCCCGCUGCUCUCCCACAAGGAGGUGAAGGUGCAGACGGCGGCGCUGAGGGCCGUUGGCAACAUCGUGACAGGAACGGAUGAGCAGACCCAAGUGGUGCUCAACUGCGACGCGCUGUCACACUUCCCCGCAUUACUCUCACAUCAGAAAGAAAAGAUCUGCAAAGAGGCCGUAUGGUUCUUAUCAAAUAUAACAGCCGGCAACAAACACCAAGUGCAAGCGGUGAUUGACGCAGGGUUGCUCCCGAAGAUUGUGGAGAACCUCAGCAAGGGAGAGUUCCAGACGCAGAAGGAGGCGGCGUGGGCUGUUUCCAACUUGAGCAUAAGUGGCUCCAAGGAGCAAGUGGCGACCCUUAUCUCCUGUGGGGUUAUACCACCGUUCUGUAAUCUAUUAGCCUGCAAGGACACUCAAGUUAUCAAUGUCGUGCUAGACGGUCUCAGCAACAUGCUGAAGAUGGCCGGCGAGAAUGCGGAGCAAGUAGCCAACAUGAUCGAGGAGUGCGGCGGCAUCGAUAAGAUCGAAGCGCUGCAGAGCCACGAGAAGGUGGAAAUAUACAAGAUGGCCUACGAUAUCAUUGAGCAGUACUUCGCUGGCGAGGAGGAGGACGCGUCGCUGGUGCCGGCGGCGGCGGACACAGGCUUCCAAUUCGAGCCGACGGCCGGCGGACAACACGACGGGUUCCGCUUCUAACUCUCCGCUCUAUCGUCUAUACUCCUACUGUUCGACUCGCGCGGCUCGCGUGUCGUCACACUUGAUGCGAGAAUCGAGUAGCCUCAUCGACUAUUUUAAAUUAUUACUCUAAUAACGAGGACGCUGUCGUGGUGCGUCGCAGUACGUCGGCGGCCCGGCCGUCCGGAUCCGGACGCCGAGCCCGAGCCGGCCGGACGUCCGGAUCCGGACGCCGAACCCGAGCCGGCCGGACGGACGCUUAGCACACCCUCUGAGCCGCGACUCGCCCCGAUGAAUCCACGAAUGAAUCUAGUAAAUGUAUUUUGUGACGCCGCACAAACGAGCGACGUUUUUUUUUUAAAUGAACGGUGCAAUUGUUAAUAAUUGUCGUUCGUCGAUUCAACGGGCGGUUGAGCAAAAAGGCCUUAGCACCGUGAUCGUGGUAAAGUUCGCGUUGUAAAAUGAAAUAUAGCCGGUGCUACGGCUUCGUUGUGAUACAGACACUAUUGUGAUGUUUGAAAUUUUCAUCUUUGUUUUCGAAUUUCGUAUACAAAUUAAUAAUGGACGAUGGACACUAAGUGGAUAGCUUUAAAGUUAAGUUCCGCAUACCGUACGACGUAUGUGACUAGUGUAUUCUGCUUACAGAUUUGAUGCUUUUUGAUAUAAAUAACAUAGUAUUUAUGUUUCGUUUUUUAACUCAGUACAUAACUAUGAAAUACACCGCGGCCCCAAGAGCCUACUGCAAUGCCGUAUGAUCAUGGUUAUGAAAUUAUGUUCCGACAAAGAGUCCAUUUGUAUAUGCCAAUAAAUUCUGUCCAAUAUUACA